GAGGAAAAAAAAAAUAUCGUAGAGAUGAACUUGAAACGAGAUGUAAUAUCUCAUCAUAUCAUGGACCGCGAGUGGAUGAUCGAUCGAGCCCUGCGCGUUCGAGGGAUGCUGGCCAUAUUCCCCGAUCUUCCAAUCCCAGUAGCGAACAACCCUCCCUUGGUCAAUGCGACGAUUAAGGGUUUUGUGAUUAGGAACUCGACUAUCACCCAUAGACCGCCAUGCUCUCGUUGUGUUCCUCUUAGUUUAGUCAAAUCAUUUUCAAAUUCAUUUUCUUCUUAUUCCAUUCAUGGAUCUUUAUUCUCGAAUUAAGGAUCAAUUUUUAGAUUAGUUUCCUUGGCAAUCGUUUUUUCCUUAUACAACGAGAAAAGGACCGACCGACUGAUCGUAUCUUCUUCAAGAAGAAGAAGAAGAAGAAGAAGAAGAAGAAGAAGGUUCGACCUUUUCAUUUGAUUUCAUCGGAGAAAGAAGAAAUAAUUCGAUUUUUUAUUCGAAAAAAUAUCUUUCAAGAUGACUAGUUUCCGAGGAUUUUAUAUACCGUCCUUUGGGGCGACAGUUAACGUUGCUUGGGAGACAUUAAAAGCUAAAUGGCCAGAAAAUAGUCCAUGUAUGGAAUUAAUUCGUGGUACCGGUAUGGCUGGUCAAGGUGAUCCUCAAGCUCGUACCGGUGAUUUUAAAUCAUUUGGAGAAGGCGAGGAUAAUACUGAGAUGACGACAAUGAAUGGUGAACAAGCAUAUAGGGAACAGAAUAAUGUUGCUAUUGCUGAGGAUUCAUUUAGUUAUCAAAGAAAUGGAGAUAAAGCUAGAACAGGAAGUUUGAGCAGUGGAGAAUUCAGCGAAUAUGACGAGGGUGGCGGUGAAUUUGGUGGAUCUGGUGUGAAGAUUAAUGAAUGGCAAGCAGCGUGGAAUGUUACCAAUGCUAUUCAGGGAAUGUUCAUCGUAUCUCUACCAUUUGCAGUCCUACGAGGAGGUUAUUGGGCAAUCGCAGCAAUGGUCGGUAUAGCACAUAUCUGCUGUUACACCGGUAAGAUUCUCGUCGAGUGUCUAUAUGAGUUCGACACAGUAACAGGUCAACGUGUUAGGGUACGGGAUUCUUACGUAGCCAUUGCUAAAGAAUGUUUCGGUCCAAGAUGGGGUGCAAGGGCAGUCAACAUUGCACAAAUAAUAGAAUUGUUGAUGACCUGCAUCUUAUACGUUGUUGUAUGUGGUGAUUUAAUGAUCGGCUCUUUUCCCGAAGGUGCUAUCGACACGAGAAGUUGGAUGAUGCUGAUAGGGAUAUUUUUACUUCCUCUUGGCUUUCUCAAAUCUUUGCAACAUGUAUCGAUGCUCAGCUUUUGGUGUACGAUGUCUCAUCUUUUCAUAAAUUUCAUUAUCGUCGGUUAUUGCAUUUUGGAGAUAGGCGAUUGGGGAUGGUCUAAAGUUAAAUGGACUAUCGAUAUGAAAAACUUUCCAAUCUCGCUUGGUGUAAUCGUAUUCAGUUACACCUCUCAAAUCUUUCUGCCAACGUUAGAAGGGAAUCUGAUAGAUCGUUCCAAGUUUAAUUGGAUGUUAAACUGGAGUCAUAUAGCUGCUGCUGCCUUUAAAUCUCUCUUUGGAUGGAUUUGCUUUCUGACUUUUCAGAAUGAUACACAACAGGUGAUCACAAACAAUCUUCAUUCACCUGGCUUUAAAGGUUUGGUCAAUUUUUGUCUGGUAGUUAAAGCUGUAUUAUCUUAUCCUUUGCCAUAUUAUGCUGCCUGUGAAUUACUUGAAAGAGCAUUUUUCAGAGGUCGACCUAAAACAAUCUUUCCUACAAUUUGGACGGUCGAUCGAGAACUUAAAGUUUGGGGUUUGGCAUGGAGAGUCGGUGUUAUUGUCUUCACCAUUCUCAUGGCUAUAUUCAUACCACAUUUCAGUAUUCUCAUGGGCUUCAUUGGCUCCUUCACUGGCACUAUGUUGUCCUUCAUAUGGCCUUGCUACUUUCAUCUUAAACUUAAAAGAAAUUCUAUGGAAUGGAGUGCUGUAGCGUAUGAUUGUUUUGUCAUCUUUUUAGGUAUACUAUUUGGAGUAAUUGGUGUUUAUGAUUCUGGCACCGCUUUGAUUGAUGCCUUUGAAAUUGGUUUACCCUUUUAAAUGAUUCAUAUAAUUCUUAUUGCUUUCAUUUUCUCAUUCAUCUCAUUCUGAACUUGAGAAAUAUUGAAUCGCAAAUUUUCAUUUAACCUAAUGGGACAACAAAAUGUAUAGUGUCUCUUCGAAACGGUAAGAUAGAAAAAUUUUUAAGGAUAAACAAAUGCUCAUCGUAACAUCCAAUAAGCGAACAAAUUUUCUCAAUCACCUGAUUUCAUCCUUACUCUUCCAACGAUCUUCAAAAUGAUUAUAGUUCAUCGAAAUUUAACAAAUCAAGUGUCUUCCAUUUAAGAUCGCUUAGAGUUCUAUCAUAAUUAGAGAUAUUUUGAUGAUAUAUUGUAUAUUUAAAUUCAACCAGAACUGACAUAUCUAACAAUAUGCAAAAUAAAAAAAAAAAACAAAAGAGAGAGAAUGAAAAAACAUUUUACAGUUUCAGAAAUCUGAACUGUUCAUUGACCAUUGAAUUAAAAAAAAAAAAAAAGAAAAAAAAAGAAA